UAGCGUGCUCAAUGGUAAAGCAGCUGAAGAAAAAAUUAAAUUUUCAUGUGAAACGAAUAUGUUUGAUCUUCAAUUCUUUUGUGAAAUUCAAGAUAAAGCAAAAGCAAAAUCUUCUUUCGAAGAAAAAAUGUUGAUGAUUUUUUUCGAUAAAUUUAUCGCUUCAUCGCAAUACAUCACACUUAAAUCUCUGGUUUUCAAACCAAGCGUUAGUGAUAAAGAAGAAGUUAUGACAUAUUUAGAAAUUUCUCUAAAUCCUUUUGAACGAGGUACAGCAAAUACACAUGAUGAUAAGAUCGUGAUGGUUGAUAUAAUGAUAAUGCUUACAUAA